UACGUGGCCAUCUGCCACCCCCUCCGGUACUCUGCCAUCAUGAGCUGGAGGCUCUGUGUCACCCUGGCUGUCACUUCCUGGGCAUGUGCGUCCCUCCUGGCCCUGGUCCAUGUGGUCCUCCUCCUGAAACUGCCCUUCUGUGGGCCUCAUGAGAUCAACCAUUUCUUCUGUGAAAUCAUGUCUGUCCUGAGGCUGGCCUGUGCUGACAUCACACUCAACCACGUGGUCAUUUUUGUUGCCUGUGUGUUUAUCUUAGUGGGACCCCUCUUCCUUGUGCUGGUCUCCUACACUCACAUCCUCUUUGCCAUUCUGAGGAUCCAGUCUGGAGAAGGACGCAGAAAGGCCUUCUCAACCUGCUCCUCCCACCUCUGCGUGGUCGGGCUCUUCUUUGGCAGUGCCAUUGUCAUGUACAUGAUUCCAAAAGCCAGCCAUUCCCAGGAGCAGCAGAAGGUCCUUUUCCUGUUCUAUAGCAUUUUCAACCCAACGCUGAACCCUCUGAUCUACAGCCUGAGGAAUGCAGACGUGAAGAGGGCCCUGAGGAUAGUGCUGUGCAAGAAGAGUCAUUCCCAAUUGGGGUGA